AGUCUCAACUAAUCCCACAUGCACUUCUUUCUUUCUAAAACUCUCUCUUUGUCUAUCUCUUAAUAGAGAAGGUUUUUUUUUUUUUUUCAAUUGGCCGGACACAUUUGGUGGAAGGUUUCUAGCUAGCAAAUCAAUGAGAGUUCACGGCCGCGACCCCUCCAGCAGGGGUCGUCUCUGGCCGCAAUUGCUACUGGCAUUAGCCGUAGUUGUUGUUUCGAAUAAUGUAGUCUCGGCAGACCCUUAUACCUACUCCUCCCCUCCUCCACCAUACGAGUACAAGUCACCGCCACCUCCUUAUGUGUACAACUCUCCACCGCCUCCUUAUGUAUACAAAUCACCACCACCGCCAUCACCUUCUCCCCCUCCACCAUAUGAGUACAAGUCACCGCCACCACCCUCUCCACCGCCACCGCCACCUUAUGUGUACAAGUCACCCCCACCACCUUCUCCAUCUCCACAUCCUCCUUAUGUAUACAAGUCACCACCACCGCCAUCACCUUCUCCCCCACCACCAUAUGAGUACAAGUCACCACCACCACCCUCUCCAUCUCCACCUCCACCUUAUGUGUACAAGUCACCACCACCACCAUCACCUUCUCCUCCACCACCAUACGUAUACAAAUCCCCACCAUCGCCGCCACCACCUUACAUUUACAAAUCACCACCGCCACCAUCUCCAUCUCCACCACCACCAUACAUAUAUAAAUCACCCCCGCCACCAUCACCUUCUCCACCACCGCCAUACGGGUACAAAUCACCGCCGCCGCCAUCACCGUCUCCACCACCCCCUUAUGUGUACAAAUCACCACCACCACCAUCACCUUCUCCUCUACCACCAUACAUAUAUAAAUCCCCACCUCCGCCACCGCCUUAUGUGUACAAAUCACCACCGCCGCCAUCACCAUCCCCACCUCCCUAUUACUACAAAUCUCCACCACCACCCCACCACUCCUUGGUUGUUAAGGUGGUCGGAAAAGUCUACUGCUACAGAUGCUAUAACUGGAGCAACCCAAUGAAGUCUCAUGACAAGAAGCAUCUUAAAGGUGCUGUCGUGGAGGUGACGUGUAAGGCCGGCGAGAAGGAAAUAGUGGCAUAUGGCACAACCAAAAUCAAUGGCAAAUACGGCAUCGUUAUUCCUGGGUUCGACUAUGGCGUGUAUGGAUCCCACGCUUGUGUGGCCAAACUCCACAGCCCUCCGAAAGACUCUCCGUGCAACAUCCCCACAGAUCUCCACAGGGGCAUCAAAGGUGCAGAGCUCAAAGUGAAGUCCAAGACUGAUUAUGAAGUUGUGCUCUCUGCCAAGUCUUUUGCUUAUGCUCCCAAGACCCCUUACGAGGAGUGUCAAAAGACCAAGCCAAGUCCACCACCAUAUAUCUACAAGUCUCCACCACCACCAUCACCGUACCCACCCCCACCUUACGUCUACAAGUCCCCCCCACCACCGUCUCCAUCCCCUCCUCCGCCUUACAUCCACAAGUCUCCACCGCCACCAUCACCAUACCCUCCUCCACCUUAUGUCUACAAAUCCCCACCACCACCGUCUCCAUCCCCUCCUCCACCAUACGUCUAUAAAUCUCCACCACCGCCUUCCCCUUCACCCCCUCCUCCAUAUGUUUACAAGUCACCACCGCCGCCAUCUUAUGUUUACAAAUCUCCACCACCACCGUCACCGUCUCCUCCACCACCUUAUAUCUACAAGUCUCCACCACCACCAUCACCGUCCCCUCCUCCACCUUACAUCUACAAGUCCCCACCACCACCUUCACCCUCUCCCCCUCCUCCCUAUCUCUACAAGUCCCCACCACCGCCUUCACCAUCCCCUCCUCCACCUUACGUCUACAAAUCUCCGCCACCACCAUCUCCAUACCCUCAUCCACCUUACGUCUAUAAGUCCCCACCACCACCAUCUCCAUCACCUCCUCCACCUUAUGUCUAUAAAUCUCCACCACCGCCUUAUGUCUACAAGUCUCCACCACCACCGUCACCUUCCCCUCCACCACCUUACGUCUACAAAUCCCCACCACCUCCUUCCCCUUCUCCUCCUCCUCCAUAUGUCUACAAGUCCCCACCACCACCUUCUCCGUCCUCUCCACCACCUUAUGUUUACAAAUCUCCACCACCACCGUCCCCGUCCCCUCCACCACCUUACGUCUACCAAUCUCCACCACCACCAUUACUGUCUCCUCCUCCACCUUACGUCUACAAGUCUCCACCACCACCAUCUCCGUCCCCUCCUCCACCUUACAUCUACAAAUCCCCACCACCGCCUUCCCCCUCUCCCCCUCCUCCUUAUGUCUACAAGUCCCCUCCACCACCAUCUCCAUCCCCUCCUCCACCUUACGUCUACAAAUCCCCACCACCACCUUCCCCCUCUCCCCCUCCUCCCUAUGUAUACAAGUCUCCACCACCCCCAUCUCCGUCACCUCCACCACCUUAUGUUUACCAGUCUCCACCGCCACCUUCCCCGUCCCCUCCUCCACCUUACAUCUACAAGUCUCCACCACCGCCGCCUUCCCCCUCUCCCCCUCCUCCCUAUCUCUACAAGUCCCCACCACCACCUUAUGUCUACAAGUCCCCACCACCACCGUCUCCCUCUCCUCCACCUCCGUAUGUCUACAAUUCUCCACCUCCCCCUUCUCCUUCUCCUCCACCCCCGUACUACUACACAUCACCUCCCCCGCCUAUGAAGUCACCUCCACCACCAGUCUAUGUCUACGCUUCACCACCCCCUCCCUACUAA